CAUUUUCUCUAUAACAUUUAGCGCAACUCCAAACUGAUAAAAGUAUGCGGGACAUUCUGCACAUUGUGUACAUGAGUACACGCGAAGUGCAUGUUGUAUAAACUGCAUCCUAAUGUGUUACAUUGUACUGUAGCUUUUUCAAGUGCAAGGUUGUGUCAUUUUACACUCGAGGGGGCCUUUCAGCUUCUUGUAUUGACAAAGUAAAAGCACCUGCUCAGCAUGAACGCGGCCCGCCGGGGAGGGCGGCGGUAACCCGCGGCAACCAGCAUUGUGUCAACAGAAAUCUUGGACCGGCCACUUGACGCUGCCAUUGGCUGGCCUGGCCAAUGAAUGACUUGGACACUUGGAAUACCUCAAUGCAUUAUGCAUGUGCCAUCACCUUGCGGAGGACUUGAGCUCAUUUUGCAGGCAUGGAGAUGACGGAAUCAUACGUUCGACCCAAGACGGGUCACUUCCUGCCCGCCAUCUCCACCAUGGCGUCCAGCUACCGAAACACGCGGCCCGCUGGCCACAACACCAACCAGUGGAGUACCAGCAGCUACCACAAGAACGAUGGCACCGUCCCCACUUUGCAACGAGCCAUCCCAGAUCUCCUCCGCACAGUCACCAUGUCCUACCCAGCUAACCGGAGCACAAUGAGCACCCGUUACACACCCGACGAUUGGUUCAAGUCCAACCAGGGCAACUACCGCCAGUCAGAGGCGUCUCGCCACAGCGCAGAGCGGCUCCGGCGUGACACGAUGCGCCUGAUCCAGGACAAGGAGCAGCUGACGCGACGCAUGCAGGAGAACACCAGCAAGGACAUCGGCGAGCGCCUCAACGACAUCGCCUUCUGGCGCUCGGAGCUGAGCCACGAGGUGGACAACGUGGCGGGAGAGACCGUGGCGCUGGCAGAGGUCAAGCGGCGGCUGGAGAGGGCCUUGGCCGAGACCGAGCGGCCCCUUCAGGUGUCACAGGAAUGUAUGUACCACCGCGACAAGCGCAUGGCCAUCGACCUUGUCCACGACGACGUCGAGAAGGACCUGAUCAAGGAAGUGGAGGUCAUAAAGUCCUGUCAGACAAGGAUGAAGCAACAUCUGGAGAGAGCCACGGCCCAGCUGGCGUUGAACCGCGCGGCGCAGCACGAGCUGGAACGAGACCUGAGCGACAAAGUGACGGCGCAGAGGAUAGACGACCGCUGCCAUCACCUGAGGAACACGUCAGACGGCAUCGGCUUCUUCCGCGGCAUUGAACGACUCGACCCCUCGGUCUCACUGCCCGAGUCGUGGUCCAAGUUCACCGACAACAACGUGCUGCGCUCGCAGGGCCAGCGCGCCGCCUCCCGCAAACUGCGCGAUGAGAUCGAGGCGCUGCUCAACGGCACCUCCAGCGAAAUGUGGAGCCAGUUCAACAACGUCAACGUGUCCUUCACCAGCCGCGUGGCACAGACGGCCGACGCCCGCAACAGCCUACAGGCGCACCUCACCAAGACCCAGCAAGAGAUUUUCCAGACGGAGAUGCUCAUCGAGUCCCUGAAGAAAGCUCUGCGAGACAAAGACAACCCACUCAAGGUGGCCCAGACCAGACUGGAGGAGCGCACCCGCCGGCCCAACGUGGAGCUCUGCAGGGAUAACCCGCAUCACAGGCUGGUGGAGGAGGUUCGGGAGAUCGAAGACACCAUCCGCAAGCUGCAGGAGAGGCUGCUAGACGCCGAGGGCAGCCUGCAGUCUCUGCUGAGAACGAAAGUGACGCUGGAGCACGACCUCUCCAUCAAGGUCAACUCGCUUUUCCUGGACCAGGAGAAGUGCAUGAGCAUACGCAAAACCUUCCCCAGCGUACCGCGACUCACCGGAUACACUUGAACGAUAUUUCGUGGACACUUGAGCGACUUACAAGCCGUGCGGAGGUGAUUGUGUGAAAACGAAACGUGUGACUUGACAUUUUGGUGUGUGUUUCAUGAAAAAAGAAAAAAGAAUGCUAUAAAGGAUGUUUUUCCAUUCUUUUUUUAUUUUUCCCGUGGCAAACAAAUCGUGUUCAGCUUCGAUUGUCACGACGGAAAACGAUUCUCACUCUACCGAGAGAAAUAAUCAGCUGGUUGAUAAGGCGACACUGAAUACGUUAUAUUUAUUUGAAAAACUUUUUGGGCUACAUUCUGCUCUCUACUUUCAGUUUUGAUUGAUCCACAGCGACUUCUGACAAAACAAAACCGAUUUCAUCAUUUCCCCAGUUUCAGCGUCUGUUGCCAUGGCAAACAGCAGCCUGACGCUUCCAAGAAUGACAAAAGCAGAACAAAUUCCCUCAGUAAGAUCAACGGU